AUGCCUACCGCUGUUGCGCUGCCUAGCAGCGACGGAACCGUAGCUGCCAAGACGCACGUCUCUACGCACCCCGAUGUGAUUCGCAUCGAGUUCCAGGGCGGCGACUACAACUCGUACGCGGUCGCCGCGCGCCCGUAUCGUGCGGGGGAGGUCAUCGCGACCUUUGACCACGCGACGCCGAGCGACGAGGUGCGCUACUCGACCGUGCAGACGGGUGAAAAGAGCCACCUCGAGCUCAACAGCGACCUCCUCUACUGCAACCAUUCCUGUGCGCCUUCGGUCGAGUUCCACGUCGUGGAGGGCGACAUUCGCAAGGGCUACGCGGCCGCGGCACACGACAUCGCCGAGGGCGACACGCUGACGUUCUUCUACCCCUCGACCGAGUGGCACAUGCAGCAGCCGUUCCAGUGCCAGUGCGGGGCCAAGACGUGCCUCGGCCGGAUCGCGGGCGCAGAGAGCCUCUCGAACGAGCAGCUCAAGCCGUAUUUCCUCAACGCGCACAUCCAGCGCCUCAAGGCGCAGCAGGCCUCGUCGUAG